AUGAAGAUCAUCUCUGCUCUUGUUCUUUCUGCCGGCACUGCCGCUGCUUUCUCCCCAGCUGCCUCUGUCUCUAGAUCCUCUGCCUUGAACGCCGAGGACUAUGAUUUGGAUUUUGGAAUGAAGAACGACUACGUUCCUCAAACAUACGGUGAUGGUGGCCAAGGUACAUUCGGAGCUGUCUCCCCCAAUGACUGGAGAGUCCCAGGAACCUCCCCCAUUGGACAAUCGUCCUGGGCUGGAGCCGCAGAUGGUGGUGAUGAACCUUGGUUCGCCGAAGCCGUCUCCACUGUCUCCUUGGACUUGGCCAAGGCCGAAGAGACUUUGAAGGCAUUCACAAAGGAGGCUGCCACCUUCAAGAUCGCACAAUUCUGCGAGACCAACGGCCUUGAUGACCAAGAUAAGGUUAUGGAUCAGUUGGUUGGUGCUUUGGGAUACGAUAAGUUCCUUGAGUCCAGUGCAGGACAAUUGAAGAAGGCAUACGCCAAGAUCACAGGAGAGCCAGCGGAGAAGAAGGAGGAAAAGAAGGAGAAGAAGGAGUAA